UCCAUAACGGGGGACGGAAAUCAUAUUAUAACAGCGAACAAACGGACAAACAACCCGUUUUCUUUUAUGCCGAGCUCGUUUAAGGAAUCUCGUUUUGUUUGUUAAAUAUUAGUUGACAUUUAGACUGGAUGCAACUUCCGGUUAUCACUCGUCUUUUCUCAUCAUUCGUCUUUCUCAUGCCAGGACGCAUAUUUUAAGAUUUUUUUUUUUCUUUUUUGGUCUUUAGAAGCAGCUAAUCGUGUUCAGACACGUCUCGAGUGAAAAUCCGCCUCAGGGACGCGAGGUAUAGCGGUUUAGCAGGGCUUGUUUAUACGCCGGAAUAAAGGGGACUUGUUGCCGCGCAUGCGCAGACCGAGCUUUUACUGAGCGAGCGAGAGAGAGAGAGAGCGCGCGCGCGCGCGCGAGAGAGAGAGAGCUGCAGGCAGAACAGCAACGUGAUUGCUUCUGAGAAGAGAAGUUUACCUGCGCAUAUUUGCCUUUUGUACAGGAAUUAUCACUGAUAUUUCUUUACAGACAUCAUGGAGAUAACCGCUGGAGGAGAUUCCCAAAGAAAAAUGGAGGACUUGUGGUGUCAGACGCAAAGGAUUCAACAAGAGAGAUAGGGGGGAAAAAAAAGAACAUGGGCAUGUUCAGUCAUGGAUGAUGCAUGUAUUGCAGAAGCGUUCUUCUCAGAAGCAGAGCUCAGGACGGUUCCCGUGCCGUGUCUGCAAUGAUUUAAAAUAAAGGACGUGUUCGUAAACCUGGAGGUUUGCUCAUGGUCUGCUUAGACCUGCCAUUUUUUCUAACCACAGAAACUUAUGUGUACUGUAUGACUUUAACUUCAACAACAGCAAGAACUUGGCAAACACGCAUUCCACAGUCAGUGUGAAAUUCCUCUUCUUACCUGAAAGCAUACUUCGUCUGCUGGGUUUGGAAUGGAAUUGUCCUGGACGUGAGUAGAAAUUACAAGUAAGGAUUUUUUUUUUUUAAGAGAGAAAAAAAAGAAAAGGAAAAAAAAAGUCCAACAUCUGUUUUGUAGAUCUAGAUCAUGGCUGUAUGCAUAGCGAAGUCUGCGCUUCUGCUGUGUCUUGUGAAUUUGGGAUUUUCCUUCUCCGGGAUAUUUGACCCUUCAGGCAAAUACGGCACUGGCAGCGAGCAUGACGAGCAAGCUGAUUUCCAUACGGACACUGGCUCUAACACAACUACCACCGCUGCCACAGAGCGAGCAUUUCACAUGCCAUCGAACGUCCACCCUAACCUUUAUUUUGACCUGACAGAUGUGCGCCGGCUGAAAAAGAAAGCUGCCGGGACUCACGGACAUAUAUUCAAAGUUAUACGGAACGCUGUGACAAUCAUGAUCGACAACCCUAUGGUCUACCUGCCGCCCAUGAGCCAUGAGGAGUUUGCAAAGAAAUGGAACGAGAAUUACGGGAACAACCUUCCGCCGCUUGCACUGUACUGCCUGCUUCAACCUGAGGAUGGCGCAGCAUUCCAGUAUUUAAUCAAAUACAUGGAUCGUAUGGCGGAAUAUCCUGACUGGAUGGUGACCAGUGCUCCAAACGACGAGGUCCCGAUAUCUCAUUCACUCACUGGCUUCGCUACAGCUUAUGACUUCAUUUAUACCUAUCUGGAUGCCCAGAGAAAAGUUCAGUACCUUAAAAAGAUACGCUCUGUCACAGCAGAACUUUACGAAUUGUCCAAGCAUCGAGGUUGGGGCCGGCAGUUUUUACAAAACCACCAGACUACAAACAUACUCGCCAUUCUUACAGGAGCUAUCGUAACUGGAGUACACAAAGACCGUGAAACCAUGAUGUGGAAGCAGGUAGCUGUGAACUACAUGGAAAAGACCAUGUUCCUCUUGAAUCAUAUAGUAGACGGUUCCUUAGAUGAAGGCGUUGCAUACGGGAGCUACACAGCCAAAUCCAUUACCCAGUACGUUUUCUUAGCAUCACGCCAUUUUGAAAUUGACAACAAACAUAAUAACUGGCUAACAGCUCACUUUAUGUUCUACUACGGCACUGUGCUGCCUGGUUUUCAAAGAACCGUCGGCAUCGCAGAUUCCAACUACAACUGGUUCUAUGGGCCAGAAAGCCAGCUGGUGUUCCUGGACACGUUCGUGCUCAGGAACGGCUCAGGGAACUGGCUGGCGCAGCAGAUCAGAAAGUGUCGGCCCAAAGAUGGGCCCAUGAUGCCGUCUGUGUCGCAGCGCUGGGCUACUUUACACACCGAGUUCAUCUGGUACGACGCAGAGCUCCCUCCUCAGCCGCCGCCAAACUUUGGACAAGCAGACAUGCAUGUUUUUUCAAACUGGGGGGUGGUGACGUACGGCGCUGGGUUGCCUGCAGGACAGGACAAUACGUUUGUGUCUUUUAAAUCUGGCAAGUUAGGUGGGCGAGCCGUGUACGACAUCGUUCACGCUAAGCCGUAUUCCUGGGUCGACGGCUGGACGAACUUUAACCCGGGUCACGAACACCCGGAUCAGAACUCGUUCACUUUUGCUCCAAAUGGACAAGUUUUUGUCUCGGAAGCUUUGUACGGACCAAAAUACAGUUAUCUUAACAACGUGUUAGUGUUUGCACCUUCCCCGACUAGUCACUGCAAUGCACCAUGGGAGGGGCAGCUAGGGGAAUGUUCCAAAUGGUUAAAAUGGGGAGAGAAAGAAGUAGGAGACAGCGCCGGUGAAGUCAUCGCGGCGUCUUCACACCAGGGCACUAUGUUCGUUAGUGGUGAAGCUGCGUCAGCCUAUUCGUCCGCCAUGAAGCUGAGGAGUGUUUAUAGAGCCCUGGUUUUACUCAACUCGCAAACCUUGUUAGUGUUGGAUCACGUCGAAAAGCAUGAAAAGUCACCCCUGACAUCGUUUAGUGCCUUUUUUCACAAUCUUGACAUUGACCUGAGAUAUGUUCCCCACAGAUCUUUGAAUAAGUACAACGGAGCUUUGAUGGACGUCUGGGACGCCCAUUACGAGAUGUUUUGGUUUGACAGUCAGGGAGUCAGUCCUGUAGGCAGGAUUCAAGAAGUAGAGCAGGUCGCAGAGUUUAAAAAGAGGUGGACUCAGUUUAUAAACGUUACGUUUCCCAUGGACGGCGUAGUCAGCAGGGUGGCGUAUCUAAUGCAUGGCCCGUUUGUCAAAGUUUCAGACUGCAGGUUCGUUGAUAACAGCAAAAAUGGAGUUAAACUCUCAGUUACUCUGAAUGACACAGAGACUACCGUUUCCAUAGCAACAAACUACAAAGAUAUUGGUGCCAGACACGCCUACUUAGGCUUUGCAGGAUUUGCAAAAGCUGAGAAUGCACACAAGAUAAUAAAUUUCGGUCAGGGAGUUCAGGUUUUACCCAGCCAGGUGAAAAAGGACUCGGCGUUUAACUUCGGUUUUAUGAUCAAUGUCAUUGCGGUGUGGGUUCUGUGUUUCGCCGUUGCAGUUUUAACCUUAAAACGAAAGUUUAACAUUUCCUCUCGUAAACUUAUCCGCUGCACUGUAAUUUCAGUGCUCCUAUUCUGGGUCCUGGAACUCUUAGUAACAUCUCACCAUUGUCAGGAGGUGCUGUGCGGCAUCAUGUGGAGGGAACUCCGUGUCUCUGAGGAAGCCGUCACCCGAUCCGCUUUGUCUCUCGAUCGCAGCCCAGACCCUCUCCCAUUCAUAAUCAUCACCUCCCUUCCUGGAUCUGGAGCUGAGAUCCUUCAACCCCUUUUCGACAACAGUUCCGACUUUGUGUAUCUCAGUAUCCCCUCCGCUUACCUCCGUGUCCCAGAGACCAGUUUCUCUCCUGACUCUUUUGCCGACGCAUGCCAGUGGUCCAGAGCAGACGCCCAGAGCGGAAAGUUUCAAGCCGUUCAAGGAUGGUUCCAUUCGAUGUUGCAUAGCAUCAGACUGCACCUGCAGAACGUUCAGCUAUACAAGAGCAGUAUCGACCUGGGUAACAAGGGCAGUGCUCGGGGAACGCGCAAAAGGCGGAAGCUCCUGAUGGAGAUGAGCGAGACCGGAGACAGGAGGUCUACUUCAAGAGAAGUGGAAUAUAUCAAGGAGUUGAGGCGGCAUUUGUCAGAAUUUCCGAAUGCCUGUCCUGUGCUCAAUUUUCGGAGCGGGAGCUGGUCCGUAAAACUUCCGUUUGUUCAAGAAGUCAUCGGACACUCGAUGCGAUCAGUGCAGAUAGUGCGUGACCCCCGUGCGUGGAUCUAUCUCAUGCUGUACAACAGCAAGCCGAGCCUUUACGCCAGCAAAAACAUUCGGAAACACUUGCUGAACAUUUUGAAUCAGGGUAGUGAUAGGACGGGACAGGCGUGCACGCGAUUUGACACUGCAUUUCAACCUUUACGCGAGAUCCUCGCUCAGCCAGAUGUUAACCCAGUGCUCAUACUGGCUCAUCUCUGGCUCGCUCACACUUCUGCCAGCAUUCGCGCGACCGCCGACUUACCCCCGAACACCUACCUUCAGGUGAAAUUUGAGGAUAUUGUAAACUUUCCUGAAGACAGUGCAGAAAAGAUACACCGGUUUAUCGGUGUUCCUGUCGCUCCAGCUGCCUUAAACCAGAUCGUGUUUGCUACAUCCACAAAUCUGUAUCAUUUAGUCUAUGAAGGUGAUAUAUCACCUGCGAAAAUUAACCUGUGGAGAGAAAAUAUGGAUCCUGAUCAGAUCAGACUUAUAGAACACGUGUGUGGGACCGUCAUGGACACGCUCGAGUACAAAAAAUAUGUGUUUGUAUGAAAUAUAUGGAGUUUGUAUAAAUGCAGAACAGUUUCUAUAAAAUUUAUGUUUAAAAAAAAAAAAAGAAC